AUGGCGAGCAACGCCAUCAUCCAGGCCAAGCUGGUGCUCCUCGGGGACCUGGGCGCCGGGAAGACGAGCAUCGUCGUCCGGUUCGCCAAGGGACUGUACUACGAGUGCCAGGAGUCGACGAUCGGAGCCGCCUUCUUCUCGCAGGUGAUGUCGCUGGACGAGGCCACCGUGAAGCUCGACAUCUGGGACACCGCCGGCCAGGAGCGCUACCACAGCCUCGCGCCCAUGUACUACCGCGGCGCCGCCGCCGCGGUCGUCGUCUUCGACAUCACCAGCACGGACUCGUACAUGCGGGCGAAGAGAUGGGUCGACGAGAUUCAGAGACAAGGGAAUCCACAUCUGGUGAUGGCAUUAGUUGGCAACAAGGUUGAUUUGGAAGAAAGGAGGCAGGUUGGGACACAGGAAGCCAUGGACUACGCGGAAGCAAACGGCCUCCUCUUCACCGAGACGUCGGCCAAGACGGCGCAGAACGUCAGCGAGCUGUUCCACGAGCUCGCUGAAAGACUGGUGGAGUUGCGGCCUAGUCGUCCAGCCGGAAUGAUCCUCCACGACGGCAGGCACCGCCACGGCAACGGCGGCGGCAGGUGGCGCUUCUGCUGCUCCGGCUGACACCGUAUUUGUUGCAUGAAUCGUCAAAUCCAUCACAAAAACAUUAGGAACGAAGUAUUAUUCUGUAGAUGCUGUAU